UGGAGUUAAAAACGUCACCCAGGGUGGAGCCACAACAUCUAGUGAGAUCUGAGGCACCGUGACAGGGGGAGUGUUGCCAGUCGGGAAGGCUUCGUUGUAGAGCUCCCAACGACACUCCAUCAUGAGUUCAGAAACCACCGCACAAACUUUCACAGUGAAGUCGGAGGAAGCGCCAGCUGCCAGUACGGCAGCAGGGAAAGAGGGCUAGAAGCCCUUCCAUUAUCUCUGGGUAGCAUGGCCGUCACUGGGGGUCUCAUCUACAGAGGCAUCUGGAAAUCAUCAAAACGAUUUGGCCCUUUUCCCAAACUAGCAGUCGCGGGGAUUCUUGGUUUUGCAGUGGGCAAAGCCUCCUAUGUUGGAACGUGUCGAAACAAGUUCCAGCAGUUGGGUCUUGAGGGUGGGCCGGGAUCUGGACCCUGGUCUCGGAGAGGUCCCUCUGGUCGUGGACACAGAUCUUGUCACCAUGUGUUUGAAGACUGUAAGAAAAAAGAUCAAGUGGCUCCUGCAGGAGAAGCUUAAAGCUAGAGCCUCGUCAAAAAUGCUGAAGAACUGACUGUGUUUGUGGAUCCACUAGUUCCUGCAUUUCCAGUUAUUAAAUGUCAUAAAGCACCACA